GUGAAGAUCACUGGGAAAUAGCGAUGAUUUCUGGGCGAAUUUUAUGUCUAUACUUUCGGUUCCCUAGACAAUACGAGAGCGAAUUAUCGGAAUGGGGAGGGUUUCGUCAUGAAUUCAUAGCCGAUAUCUGUUAGCUAAAUUUGUAGAGUUUGUAGCGCCUAAAUCAAUGGGUUGUAUUUUUUUUGGAUGCGAGAAAGGCUAUGGUAUGCACUGCUGUUUGUAUUUUUGAAAUCUAAGCAUUUUUGCUUAAAAUAAGAAUAUUUAAAUGAGUUACAAUUUCGAUAAAUACAUGUAAGAUGGGGUAAUAUCGCAACAUAUUGCAGCUUGACGUGACGUCAUAUAUUUGGGUCUUUUAUCUAAAGCGAGCCAAUCAGCGUUUAGCAAUGGUGAACUCGCGUUGCUUUGUGGGAUGCCACAAUGAUCAUUUGUGAACAACACUCUUGUUCGAAAGAAUCGUUGGUUGUAAAGUGCUAAGAAAAUUGCUGAAUUUUGCUAGUUUUACUUGAGAAUCUUCGCUUUUAUUUGCGAAACUGGCUUUCAGAAUGAACGACGGCUCUCUUAGAGUUGCCCCAAGGAGGUUCUCCGACGAUGGCAUGAAUAGCAUGCCCGCACCAGAACCGAAGAAACUACGGAAAAGUCUAGAGGAAUUCAACUCGUUUUGCAGUUAUGUUUUAGCUUACGAAGCUCGAUUACAAGAGGUCGAACGGCGGAGAAGACAAAGUCCGAAAUCAUCCGGAGAAGAAAGCACAAGUUCAAGUACAGACUCGGCUUACAGCGAAAGCAUAUCGUCUCCAGACAGUUCAGAUGAACGACUGUUGGAUAACGUCGACGAAGAAUACGAUUCAGGCGAUGAAUCGUGGAAUAAAGUAACGUGUUUUUGCGAAAAGCCUUUCGCAGGUCGACCAAUGAUCGAAUGUUCAGAGUGUCUAGUAUGGAUACAUCUUUCGUGUGCGAAAAUCCGAAAAUCGAAUGUCCCCGAAGUUUUUGUGUGUCAAAAGUGUCGAGAUGCAAGACAUACAAUGAGAAGGUCUCAAAGAGUAAAGACGACGCCUAGUCCGAAGCGUAUGUGAUAGCAGUUGUUGCUACUGCAACAUCCCUAUGUACAAAUAUGUAAAUAUAUAUACUGCUUUGACGUAAAGCAUUCGCAGACACAAGACAGAGACAGAUAAAACAUGCUGUCGUGCUCUAUUAUAAUUUAUAUGAUGGUGUUGGGUGUUUUGUAUGUUCGGAAUACCCAAGUUAUUUUGAAAUAAUUAGGGUUUGCAAAUUUCAAACAGCAUGAAGGACUGUUCAAUAAUGUUCAAGUUUUCAGACGUGUGUGUGUGUUUUACUUUCACAUAAAUCCUCUGUUUAGAUGCUUGACAAUUUAUCCAUCAAACAUUGUAGUCAGUGCUGUACGUUGCUUUGGGUAAAUACCUAAGCUUUGCUCCCUUUCGAUGCCAACCUUUUAUAAACAUUGCUACAUACUUUCUUGAGAUUAGGAACCACCAGGUCAAGUGCUCAGUGGAGGAUUUACAGCCAGAAUCAAAUUUACUGCAUUUUGCAGGGUACUUGCAAAUAAUAUGCUUUCUGCAAUUGCAUGUAAAUUUUAAUGUCAGACUGAAAAAGUUCUGUUUUGUAAAAAAAACUGCAUCUUGUAUGAAUAUACUAGUGAGUGAUAUGACAGCUCCAAUUGAUGAUUUGAGGAUAUUAUUUUUGUUUGCAUUUAAACAUUUGAAAAUGCUAUGUGUUAUAUAUGGUGCUUUUUUAUCCAAACCAAAUCCAGUUGUAGCUGCCACAUCAAUUGUAGUGAUGUUGAAGUUGAGGGUGAGCCUUGGUGUUGUUGGCUCCUGUUGAGAAAAAAUAAAUAUU